AUGUCUACUAAUAUUUAUUUGUUUUUAAUCAUUAUUUCUUUAUUACUCUUGCAAUUACAUUACUUUCGUUUUAACAACUAUAUGUCUCAUCAACCUAUUACAUUUGAAUGUUGGGUUCAUGAGAAUCAACUCCCUCCAUCUAAAUUAUUAUUCAAAGAUGUCAAAGAUUACGAAGACAUGAAAAAAACAAUUAUCAGAGAAUACAGCAUUAAAGAAACACCAGGAAAUGUUAAUCUGUAUUCACUUGAUCCAACAAAUAAUAAUAAUAUUCAACCUCUAGAUGUUAGAGCAAAUAUUCACCCAACUCCUUUGGAUAUUUAUUAUACUGUGCUAACUCCCUCUCUUUCAUUUAAUCAAACAACUCAACAACAAGAGUUCAAAGUAGGACAAAUUCUUUAUAGAGAAUACAAUGAUUACGAUAUCGAAUUCGUAGAGAGAGAUUCAUUUUUCGACAUAAUUGUUUCAAACCUUUCGGAAGGAUUCAACUAUAGAGGUACCGUAGAAAAACAAAAGCAAGUUUUUUUCUUGAUAGCAGGUGGAUCUGGAACUGGUAAAAGUAGAGCGGCCUAUGAAUUAUCACGUAUACCAGAGGCCAAGCUCAUUGGAAUAGAUCAAAUUUUAAGAAGAUCACUACAAUCAGCCAUAUAUAUCGAGAUCAAUUUCUUGAAUGGUUCAAGUUAUCACCCCCAGCUGGAUAGUUUGUCUGCUGAUAUUCGCAUUGGCAUGCGUCUUGCAAUAUCAUCUGGGAUUUAUGGUUGCAAAGUUAUUGAUCAUCUAAUCGCUUCUUCAAGCAGAUUUACAAUUAAUCAAGUAAUAGACGAUUUAAUUAUAUCUGUUCAACAAAAUGGUAGCCCAAUUACUCAAUCCAAUCCACUUACCAUCAUUUUACAUUUGGACGAAUUUCAACAAUAUAUUAAAUCAUUACCACAAUCUGACAAUAAUCAUAAAAGUGAGAGUUUUAAACUAUUAUUAGAUGCCAUUGGUGAAAUAAUGGUUAAAAGAAAAGAUAUUUUUUUAAUACCAGUUUGCACCGGAACAUCUUCAAUCGAUAUAAUUCUGAUCAAAUAUCAUGGUUUGUUUGAAACUGGUCUUGGUGACACUGGAUUCAUUCCUAGAGAAAUCAGUUUUUAUUUAAGAUGUUGUAAUAGUUAUUUGUUUGAGUUUUCUAAAAGGUGCUAUGAUAAGAUUAGCAGGUUAAGCAUGUCAUCCAUUACCAAUUUAAAAGUAGUGAAAAAAAUUCUUUUAUUGGCAAUCACACAAACACCAGUAACAUUAUCAACUAAACUUGGUGAAUUGGAUGGCAAUCAAAUUACAGUGAACCAAAUAAGAAUGUGCGGAAACUUAUAUUUGGAACAGAUAGAUACUGUUAGUACAGAUUCUGAGGAAUCUGCUCAUGUUGACCACAAGAGAAAGAGCAAAUUGUUUGACUUAACUCCACAAAAGUCUCAAAAGUCAUAUUCAUCAUCAUUACCUUCAAGACUUUCCACUUCAUCUACAGAUUCAUCUACAGAUUCAUCAUCAUCAACAUCAUCUGCCUCAUCAUCAAAUUCAGUCGAGGAAAGAGAUUCUACUCAAUACACCAUAUUUAUUAGUUUCUAUAACAUGGUGGUUCUCAAUUCAUUACUGGUUGACAAGAGAUUAUUUCCUUCAGAAUUACUAUUUUUCCCGUCUCCCACCAAAUUCUGGACAUGGAAGGAUUUUGAAGAGUUGUUCCCAAGAAUCUGUAUUGCCAAAAUCAAUGCUCAUGUUAAGCUUAAACAUAACCUCACUAUUCAAUUAUUAUUAAAAGGUGUAUAUGGUAUCGAGGAAAUUACUAACGAUAUACUGACUUCCUUUCCAAAAAAGGUAAUUAAAUUAAGAAUUCAAUUGAUAAUCGAACUCAAUAUUAAUAAUUUACAACAGGUUAUAUUUGAUGAAGAAACAAACCCAUUUAAUGCACCAAAUUUUGAAGACACUGCCAUUCAUGUUUGUAAAAGAAACACCGAGACAAUUGACCACAUCUUUAAAUUAACAGGCAGGCAAGGUAUAACCAGUAUUUUUGUCCAAUGCAAGUUCUCAGACAAUUUUAAAAAUAAGAAGAUAUACCAGAUAUCCAAUAGUGAAGUAAUUGAACUUGCUGGUCAUUUUUUCAGUAAGCUUGACGAUUCUAUAUCCGCAAACACUGUUUAUUUCCUGGUUACCAAUCGUAUUGUAGAUAAAUCAGUAAUUGAAGAUUUUCAAAAAAAGAAAGAUAGAAAAAAAUUCAAGAUCAAUCAAUUCUUAUUCGUUUUAUCAUAUCACAACUUUAACACCUUCUUCACUCGUACAUUCGCACACAGAGGCUUGAUUGACACCAAUAUUAAUGGUAAACAAUUUAAGGAUCAUACUAUAAUAAAUUAA